AUGAAGAUAACUUUUUCCUUCCUGUCCUGCGUAUUAACCUAUUCGGGAACAAAGGCUCCAGAAAUAUUCAAGGCAUUUCAUAAUGUUUUAUUUGAUGCUGAAGGAAAACCAACGCCAGAGCUACAGCAUAUAUUAGAUAGCAGGAUAAAUUUAUCUUCUCUGUCUACUAUUAUUAGUAAAGCAGGAGCAAAGGUUCCAGAGGCAUUCAAGAAAUUGCAUGAUAUUUUGUUUGAUGCUGAAGGAAACCUAACACCAGAGUUACAGCAUGCAUUUGAUAGCGGGAUAAGAAUUACCAGCAUAUUCCGUGUUCUAGUUCAAUCAGGAAUAAAUCAUGCAAGAGUAUUCAAGGCAUUUCAUGAUGUUUUGUUUAAUGAUACAGGAAAACCAACACCAGAGCUACAGCAUAUAUUAAAUAGUAAGAUAAGUUUCAGCAGCAUAUCCAGCGCGCUAUCGGGGUCAGGAGUAAGGAUCGCAGAAGCAUUUAAGAAAUUCCAUGAUGUUCUGUUUAAUGAUAGAGGUAAACCAACACUAGAGCUACAGCGUAUAUUGGAUAGCAAGAUCAGUUCUCGCGCACUGUUAAAUGUUUUAGCCAAGGCGGGAGCAAAUGCCGCACAGGCAUUUAAGAAAUUGCAUGAUGUUUUAUUUCAUGCUGAGGGCAUACCAACACCAGAGCUACAGCAUAUACUAAAUAGUGAGCUAACUCUGGCUAAUUUUUUCAGUAUUGUAGCUAAUGCAGGAACAAAUGCCGCAGAGGCGUUUAAGACCAAUAUUUCUUCUUCUAGUAAUAUAUUGUUGGUAUUAAGUAAAAUAUCAAGAUCGGUGGGAGAGAAAGCAGAAGCAAAUUUCUUAGUAAGGGCUAUUGGUAAGGUGCUAGAUAAGCUGCAGUAUAUUCAUCAAUGUUCAGAUCAGGAUUUACCAUCAGAAAUAUCUUCUACCAUUGGAAGAGAUGGUCUUGUGGAAGCCUCGAAAAGCCGUUAUCUAGUCACCGAUAAUAUACUGAUUGAUAAAGAUCAAUCAGAGAAAUAUACUUUGACGCAAUUUAAGGAAAAACUUAAGAAAGAAGGAAAAGUCAAGUACGAGGAGGGUAUUGAAAAUUAUGUUCGGUAUAAUCACGGUGCGCCUGACUUCAAUUAUGAAUUUAAUAUAGAGAAAAAUCAUUCUAAGAUUAUGAUUGCAAAGGUUGCCUACUUAGUAGACAGAACGGUUUACGGGGUAUUUUUAGCAACUAACGAAAGUAUAGCACCUAAAACUUUCCUAGGGACCUACGUAGGAACAGGGAUGGAAGAUAACAAGGAAAUGAACCAGCAUGUUCUGGAGCACGAUUCAACAGUAUCAAUUGUUUCAGAAAAAGGACGCAACUGGGCAAGUUACAUGAAUCAUGUAUCAACAGGCAACUCCAAUGUUAGGUAUAAUUACGAGUCACCUGCGCAACGUUAUAAUAGAGCAAAAGAUUUUUAUUAUGAUUAUGUUAUUGAUCUUGACAAGGAGAUUACUAGAGAUUUAGGAUAUCGUGGGUCAAAGCAUUUUGUGGUAACUAAAUUAUUUAAACAAAUAUAUGACAAACAUAAUUCUCAAGAAGAAUAUGCUUCAAGCAGAGCAGUACUAUCGUUAGAAGGAUUAGAUGUUCCAAUCUAUGUAGUAACUUUCAGGGAUAAGAAAUGGAGUUUUGAUAGAUAUGAUAGGCAACAACAGAUAACUCUCUUAAUGUUCGCAUGUUAUUUAGGACAGGAAGAUACCAUAAAACUGUUAUUAGAAAAAAAAGAUGAUGUUACCCACGAGCAGCUUCUGUACUGCGUUCCAACUGAUGGUCACCGUUUAUCAUGUAUAAAGAGACCAAAGCCUGGGAACAUCAAUGGCGAAUUUGGUGUGAUCAUUCCACGUAAAACUGUUAUGGAGCUGUUAAAAAUAUUGGAUGAAUGUAAUGAAAUUAAUGUAAAACUCUCAGACAUAAAAAUCAAGUUUACAUGCGGUGAAUAUAUUCUAAUAUCAAAAUUAAUAGAUGGGACUUUUCCAAAUUAUAAACCAGUUAUUCCAGCAUCUCAAGAUAAGCAUAUGAUUACUGAAAGUAAAAAACUUUCAGAUGUUAUAGAUCGAGUUUCCGUUAUUGUAUCUGAUAAAGUAAAAUCCAUUAAAUUCUCACUACAAGAAAAGCUGCUGACUCUGCAUUCAAACUCUCAAGAGUGCAAUGAUGCAACUGAAUCCAUAGAAGUGGACUACAAUGAAGCCCCAAUAGAAAUAGGGUUUAACUCGCGUUAUUUACUUGAUGUUCUAUCCUGCAUAAAAAAUAAAUAUAAGUUUAGCUUAGCCGAUGAAGAAAGAAAUAAUGAUAAGCAAAAAGCAUUAGAUAACGCAAUAAGCCAGAUUGAAAAAGCAUUUGAUAAAGGUGCAAUAAUGAAGUUGAAGCAAAACCCUGUAGAGAAAAUAGACACAAUAUCCACAGGAUCAAUUGCGCUUGAUUCGGCUCUAGGUGUUGUAGGUUUGCCAAAGGGACGUAUAAUUGAAAUAUUUGGUCCCGAGAGUUCUGACACUGGGGAACAAGCAUUACACAUUGUUGAGUACUUAGUGUGUUCUGGUGCGGUUGAUGUGAUAGUUAUUGACUCUGUUGCAGCGUUAACUCCAAGAGCUGAAAUUGAAGGUGAUAUGGGUGAUCAACAUAUGGGGCUGCAAGCAAGGCUCGGGCUACGAAAGCUAACCUCUGUCGUUUCGAAAGUGAACUGUAUAUUGAUAUUUAUUAAUCAAAUUCGUAUGAAAAUAGGAGUAGUGUAUGGAAAUCCCGAAACUACCACGGGUGGAAAUGCAUUAAAAUUCUAUACUUCUGUAAGGCUUGACAUAAGAAAAGUCGGUGUAAUAAAAGAGAAAGAAAACAUUAUAGGCAAUGAAACAAGAGUUAAAGUUGUAAAAAAUAAAGUUGCUCCUCCAUUUAGAGAAGCGAAAUUUGAUAUAAUGUACAAUGAAGGUAUAUCAAAACUCGGAGAAAUAAUAGAUAUGGGAGCAAAGCUUGGUGUGCUUGAAAAAGCAGGUGCUUACUAUUCAUAUAACAAUACACGUCUUGGGCAAGGAAGAGAGAAUGUAAAAACUUACCUAAAAACAAACAAAGAAGUCGCAAAUGAAAUAGAAAUGAAAAUCAGAGAUUUACUCAGAAAUCAUGGUAAUUCUAUUAUAAUAGACGAGGAUAGUGAGCAACUUUUAGAAGAAUCAGUGUUCUGA